AUGCUAGUCAACACUCUUCUCAAGGCUGUCGCAGCCUCUCUCACCCUGUCGAGCGCACCCGCCCUUGCUGCGCAAGACAUCGACCAAGCCAAGGUCCAGAAGUACAAGGCCCUUUUCGCUGAACAACAAGACUAUGGCCAUGUCCCUUCUGGCACCACCACCGACACACCCACCAAGACAUUCGAUCUAGCUGUGUUUGGAAGCCCUUUCAAAUGGGCCGAUGUUGUCUACGGCGCAUGGCCGUUGUCUCGCUGUCCGGCGUCUUGUCAGGCGUGCCCGGCCGGUUGUAAUCCGGCCUGCUGCGUACGACGCCCUAAGCCAUGGCCACCGGAAGCACCGGGCAACUCUUCUUCUUCUUCUUCUUCUUCUUCUUCAUCAUCAGGAAACCCUAGCACGAGUCCGACGUCAACUCCAACACCAACACCCAGUCCAAAAUCACCACUCACUUGCCCAUGCAGAUGUGGUUCUGACUGUCCUCCUGCAGUCCAAGCCGUGUGCUGUUCGACGCCAGGCUCCAACGACGAUGACAACGACGACGACGACAGUGACCCACCAGAACCGCACAAGUUUGGUCCCCUCAUCUGCCCGUGUCACUGCGAAGCGAGCUGUCCGGCAUGGAUCCAGGCCAUCUGCUGCGACACGCCCGGGUCUGGAACAGCGGCACCUUCGGACGCUGGUGACGCUGGCAGUGACUCGCAGCUGGGCCUUGUGAUGCAGAACGCAGCAGGUGAACCCGUGGCCGUUCUCGCGACGACCAACCUCACCGUCGAGCAGAGUUUCGUCACGACAGACCUGGUGCGCGGAUUGGGACGCAUCGGCGAGCUGAAAUACGACGAUCACAGCGGAGGUUUCCAAAUCGUCCUCGACGUGAUCGUUGGGUCCGAGAAGGAUGCGGGGGAGAAGGAUGGCGCCGGCGGUGGUGGUGGUGGUGGUGUCACUGCACUCGAGCAGAGUUUCCAGGUGAUUGACGGGUCGAGACUGGUGGAGCAAGAGCAGAUCCUGCUGGGGCUCAAGUUCAUGGCCAGGAUCGACGACGGGUUGAACGUCAACAAGGCGUACCUGACUGGUUUGCAAGAGGGGCUGCGCAUCGAGACGGGGGAGAGGCCGAGUCGGCAAAAGCCAACCCCAAAGAAAAGCAAUGGUCGAGAUGAGUUGUGA